CAAUGGCUGGGUGGUUUUGGAGGGUUUUGCAAUCAGAGAGAUCAGAAAUAGAGCGGGUUUUUUCCCUUUGUUUUUUGAGAGAGAAUUGAAAAUGGGUAGCACUUGAAAUUACGUUUUCUCGAUAAAAUAUGGGAUAGAAAAUGACAGAAUCCGGGGAAACUAUGGUGUGAGGGCAAGGAGAAUUGUUUUUUCUUCUUUGAUAUUUGCAUUUCCUUCCAAAUUCUGAGAAUUUCGCUGUUCGUUUUGUAUGGUAAAAGUUUUGCACUUUGAAUCGAACCGUCGCUAAGAGGUUCUUCUUACUGGGUUCUGCAAGCUCAAGUGGUUAGGAAGAUUUGCGUUUGAAAAUUAGGACCUGAAGGCUGAUUUAAGCAUGCGAUGUUGUCCUUGUUGGUAUGAUCUCUGAGUUAUGGUGUUGCAGAAAAGGUUAGACUAUGGAUUCAAUGGCUAUCAGGUUCCUCCCACACCCCGAGCUACCAGAUCAGCUAGGAGGAGGGGCUCCCUCAAGAAGAAAAUUGGACAGAAUCAAAUGUGUGCAUUUGACUUAUUGGCCGUUGUAGCUGGAAACUUAUUGCUUGAGAAAGGAAGUCCCAGUUCUAGUGAUGCGUUUGCUGACAAAGAUCACUGUCUGGUUGUCAAUAAUACUGUAAAAAAUGAAUGGCAAGAUGAAGAAAAAAAUAUGAAAGUUGAAGCUCAUGAUCAAGGAAACCCUGCUAGGAGCUUCUUUGUUUCGGAGCUUGUCUCACAAGGUAAUGACCAAAAUUGUAGUUCCAAGGAAUUAUUGUUUGCUCAGAAUGAGCACAAUUUAGGGUUAGCUUCUACGCUGGCAGCUUCUGAGUGUGCAGAGAGGUUUGAUCCUAAGUUGGACAGCAAAAGCAAGAAUGAAAUAGGAACUUUUGCUAGCAAGGUAGAGGUAGAUUCCUCUGGGUAUAGGGAGUUUAACGACUGUAAACUAGAGGGUUCAACUAAAGACCUAAUAAAAGAUGAGUCCAAUAAGUCUGGGAAGGUGCAAAUUGGCACCAUGGCUAACAUAUGCUGCUUUGAGGAUCCAGUGGACUGGGAUGGAAAACCUCAUGCACUUGCCAGUUCAGACAGUAGUGCCAAGGUGCCUUUGUGGGGGAACAACAUUUCCCGUAGUUCUUAUCCCACAAAUGGGGAUAGUAUAAAUGUAGAUAAUAGAGAUGAUGACGAAAACUCUUCUGGGUGUACUCACCCUAGCAAAAAAAAAAAAUUAUUUAGGCCAGCACCACAUAUUGGAGGUCGAAGAAUAAGGAAAAUUUUGGCUUCUAAGUACUGGAAAGUAGCUCCAAGAUUGAAGGAUGUGACCAUUUCUAACGCUGAUGGUGCUGAUUCUAUGCCUCUUUACCACAAGAGGAAGAACUAUUACAAAUAUCAGAGAUCUGAAAGGCUGUAUCCUUUCAAAAAAAGGAAACACGUUUUCUGUGCUUCAGAAUCAAAUUCUGAAGGGGGGAUUUGUAAUGAGUUCAUUUCCAAUUCACUCCAGAAGGGUAGUGAUGGUGAUGCUGCUGGCUCCACUCCAAAGAAGCAUGGAGCUAUUGGGGUCUCAUCUUCCGUUGCAUGUCAACACAGUUCAUUCCGACCUAGGGAUUCUCACGUGAAGCUUAGGAUAAAGUCUUUCAAGGUACCGGAGCUAUUUAUUGAGAUUCCAGAAAGCGCAACUGUUGGCUUAUUGAAGAGGACUGUUAUGGAGGCUGUGACUGCUAUACUUGGGGGUGGAUUACGUGUUGGUGUACUUCUUCAGGGAAAGAGGGUUUGUGAUGACAAUAAAACUUUACUGCAGACUGGAAUUUGUCACAAUAAUCGAUUGAAUGCUUUGGGUUUUAGCCUAGAGCCAAAUUGUUCUCAAAGUCCCCAUUCUUUGUGCCCUGGAGAUUCGCCUUUUCUGAUUGACACACCACAGCCUGUAAGCAGGUAUCCACCUGUUCCGAGUUUGGCACAGAAGACCACUUGUGCUGCAUCUGCAGAGCCUCAUGGGACUGAUUUAGAGAAUUUAAUUGAAAGUGAUCAUGAUUCAGCCCCCUCUUCUACAGAUGUUGACAAAACCAGAAAUGAUGCAAAAGCUGUGAUUCCUUUGCCAGAAAUGAAUAUAGAGGCACUAGCGAUGGUUCCGGUACACCGGAAAUCCAAGCAAUCUGAGAUUGUGCAGCGCCGAAUUCGUCGACCUUUCUCAGUUGCUGAAGUUGAAGCUUUGGUGCAAGCAGUUGAGAAACUUGGAACUGGAAGAUGGCGUGAUGUAAAACUGCGAGCUUUUGAUAAUGCAAAGCAUCGAACUUAUGUGGAUCUGAAGGAUAAAUGGAAAACACUUGUGCACACGGCAAGAAUAUCCCCUCAACAAAGGAGGGGAGAGCCUGUACCCCAGGAGCUCUUGGACAGGGUACUUGCUGCACAUGCUUACUGGUCCCAGCAACAAGCCAAGCAACAGCCAGAGACUUGCCUUCUCCUCUGAGAUCUCUAAAGCAACACAUAGAGAAGGAUUUCUGUGUAAUCUUGUUAUUAUUGUAUAAAAAAGUUGAUGACUAGGGGAGAAAAACAAAAGCCUUGAAGAAUUAGAAUUGAAUUUUAUGGCUCUCGCUGUGAUUCUUUUCCUUGAGGGAGAGGUACAGCACUUGUAAAUGGUGAUGAAAUAAGAGCUUUGCUAAAGGGAUUCUUUUCUCAAUUAAA